AUGAAAUGGGUCAGAUUACCAUCAUCUCUCAUGGCCAAAACUUCGGAUUCGUGCUUGCCUCCGCAGGCUGUGGUUCUUGUUACUGGAGCGAACGGCUUCAUUGCUAGCCACAUCAUCGACAAGCUUCUCAAGGCGGGCUAUAUAGUCCGAGGAACGGUCCGUUCUCCAGAAAAGCAGAAAUGGUUGCAAGACGGAUUCGACGCUGCCUAUGGUAAGGGCAGAUUUGAACUGUGUCCUGUAUUGGAUAUCACGGCUCCCAACGCCUUUGACGAAGUAGUGAAAGGUGUAUCUGCAGUAGCGCAUGUGGCAAACGUCGAUAGCGUGAGCGAUGAUCCCAAAGUCAUUGAGCAAACGGUCAAAGGCGCAUUGAACGCCAUCUCAUCCUGCGAAAAAGAACCAUCUGUGAAACGGUUUGUAUACACUUCUUCACUGGCGGCACUAUACAUUCCCAAACCCAACCAGCUGCUCAACAUUGAUGAGAGCACAUACAACUAUCCCGCCGUCACGGCAGCCUCAGAACCACCAACUCCCGGCCAGAAUCGCCAUUUUAUAAACCAUUGCGCUGCAAAAACCAGAGGGGAACUUGCGAUCUGGGAUUGGGUCCGUGAGCAUCAGCCAUCUUUUGGCGUCAAUUCAGUUCUUCCUGGAUUCGUUCUCGGCAGAGUGCUGGAUCCAAGCCAUCAGGGUUACCCAACCACAUCAGCAACGACAGUUGCGUUGCACAAAGGGAAGCUUUCUCCAGAAAUGAACUUCCUCCUUGGACCUUCGCUGUAUAUCGAUGUGGAAGACUGUGCUCUCUUGCAUGUUGCAGCUUUGACAUUGCCAGAUGUGGAGAGUCAGCGCAUUUUUGCGAUGGCGAGGCAUACCAAUGGAAAAGAAAUCGUCCAGGAACUGCGCUACUUGUUCCCUGACCAUGAAUAUCCAGAUGCACCGGAUGUUGAAUGCGACAGAAGCGACGUUCCUCCUAUUGACAAAGCGGAAGCUUUGUUGAAGAGGCUUGGCUAUCCCGGGUGGACCACUUUAAGGGAGGCCAUUAGACGCAACAUGGUCGAAUUCGCUUGA